CCCGUUGCAUUCAAGAGGAGGCCUAAAGAGAACGGCACGACAAGAACAGGAGAAUUGACUUGGGUUGGCAGGCGGCCAUUAGAGGCGCCCCCGUGUGGACAAAUCGCCUGGAACAUCGCCACUGCCUCAACCGGCCACCGCGAUGGCGAGCUACGGCGGUUACAGCAAUAGGAGUAGCCUUGGGUCUCCGAAACAGCAGUCUGAGAGGUCAAGAUGGACGCCUCUCACGAGGAUGCUGCUGUCGGGCGAGAUGACCCAAGAGCGACAGAAGGACCUGAGUUCUCGAGAGAAGUUCGAUCGGUGGAUGAUCAAUGAGGGCUACCGGAGGAUAUUCGUCACCGUGUUCGUGCUGCUGCACGCCGCUGUCUUCGCCUUCGCCUUCGUCAACUUCGCUGUCAAGGAAAAUCUACAAAUAGCUCGGGACACGUUUGGUGUGACUUACAGCAUUGCUAGGGCAGCAGCACUCGUGCUCCACGUUGACGUAGCCCUGGUCCUCUUCCCGGUCUGCCGGACACUUAUCUCGCUCGCCAGACAGACGCCGCUCAAUGGCAUCAUCCAGUUCGACAAGAACAUCACCUUCCACAUCACCACAGCGUGGUCCAUUGUCUUCUGGUCCUGGGUGCACACCAUUGCCCACUGGAACAACUUCGCCCAGAUCGCAGCCAAGAACAACCUCGGCUUCUACGGCUUCCUCCUCGCCAACCUUGUGUCAGGCCCGGGCUGGACGGGUUACGUGAUGCUGAUUGCGCUGAUGGGGAUGGUUUUCACGUCGGUUGAAAAGCCCCGAAGGGCGAACUACGAGCGUUUCUGGUACACGCACCACAUGUUCAUCAUCUUCUUUUUCUUCUGGUCCCUGCACGGAGCAUUCUGCAUGAUCCAGCCCGACUUUGCCCCCUUCUGCGUCUCGGUCGGCACCCAGGCUAUCGGGGUCUUUUGGCAGUACUGGAUGUACUCGGGCUUUGCCUACCUCGCCGAGCGUGUCGCCCGCGAGAUCCGCGGCAGGCACAAGACGUACAUAUCGAAAGUCAUCCAGCACCCCAGCAAUGUGUGUGAGAUUCAGAUCAAGAAGGAGAACACCAAGACAAGAGCCGGCCAGUACAUCUUCUUCUGCUGCCCGGCCGUCUCUCUUUGGCAGUAUCACCCCUUCACCCUGACCAGCGCCCCCGAGGAAGAUUACAUCUCCAUCCACAUGCGCGUGGUUGGCGACUUCACGAGGGCAGUCGCGACGGCCAUGGGCUGCGAGUUCGAGAAGAGGGGUGAGGCGUCCAAGGUCGUGGGCGUCGAUCAGGCCAACGGUGAUGUCGACCCGGCUCUCCGGAGGGUGCUGCCUAGGGUCUACGUCGAUGGACCGUUCGGUUCCGCGUCCGAAGAUGUCUUCAAAUACGAAAUCUCCAUCCUCUGCGGCGCCGGUAUCGGUGUCACGCCCUUCGCGUCAAUCCUCAAGUCCAUCUGGUACCGGAUGAACUAUCCACAGCAGAAGACGCGGCUAAGCAAGGUCUACUUCUUCUGGAUUUGCCGAGACUUUGGCUCUUUCGAGUGGUUCCGCUCCCUCCUUCUCGCCAUUGAGGCACAGGAUGUCGACAAUCGCAUCGAGAUCCACACAUACCUGACGGCCAAGAUCAAGGCCGACGACGCGACGAACAUCAUGAUCAACGACGCCAACGCCGACAAGGAUACCAUCACGGGCCUGCGAUCCCCGACCAACUUUGGCCGUCCGAACUGGGAUAUGAUCUUCCGUGGCAUCAGGAAACUACACACCCCGGCCGAGGCGGGUGUGUUCUUCUGUGGGCCGAAAGGUCUUGGAAGCUCGUUGCAUAUUUUCUGCAACAAGUAUAGUGAACCUGGCUUCAGUUUCGUCUGGGGCAAGGAGAAUUUCUAGACCUGGAUAUCGCCCGCCUCUUGCUUUCUACUUUGCCUUCUUCCCCUCGCUGGGAAGACGAGGAACGAGAUCUACUUGGAUUUUCGAUCGAGUUUUCCCAUC